GAAGGCUUGUCCAAGUGUGGAAGAUGUAAGCAGGCCUUUUACUGCAAUGUGGAAUGUCAGAAGGAAGACUGGCCAAUGCACAAGCUGGAGUGUUCCGCCAUGUGUGCUUUUGGGCAGAACUGGAAUCCCUCGGAGACUGUGAGGCUAACGGCGAGGAUCCUUGCCAAACAGAAAACUCACCCUGAAAGAACACAGUCAGAGAAGCUGCUUGCUGUAAAAGAGUUUGAGUCACACCUUGACAAACUAGACAAUGAAAAGAGAGAGCUGAUUCAGAACGACAUUGCUGCUCUUCAUCACUUUUACUCAAAGCACUUGGAGUACCCUGACAAUGCUGCCCUUGUAGUUCUCUUUGCACAAGUUAACUGUAAUGGCUUCACAAUUGAAGAUGAAGAGCUCUCUCAUUUGGGAUCAGCCAUAUUUCCUGAUGUCGCAUUGAUGAACCAUAGCUGUUGCCCAAAUGUGAUUGUAACUUACAAGGGGACCUUGGCUGAAGUCAGAGCUGUUAAAGAGAUUGAACCUGGAGAAGAGGUUUUUACCAGCUAUAUUGACCUGUUGUAUCCCACAGAAGACAGAAAUGACCGGUUAAGAGAUGCAUAUUUCUUUAAUUGUGAUUGCAGGGAAUGCAUUACGAAAGAAAAGGAUAAAGAGAAACUGGAAAUCCGCAAGCUGAACGAUCCUCCAUCAGCGGAGACAGUACGGGACAUGAUCAAAUAUGCCAGGAACGUGAUUGAGGAAUUCAGGCGAGCCAAACACUACAAAUCUCCCAGUGAAUUACUGGAGAUCUGUGAACUCAGCCUGGACAAGAUGGGUGCAGUGUUUGAAGACAGCAAUGUUUAUAUGUUACAUAUGAUGUACCAGGCCAUGGGUGUCUGUCUCUAUGUGCAGGACUGGGAAGGUGCACUGCGUUAUGGGCAAAAAAUUAUCAGACCAUACAGUAAACAUUAUCCCCCCUACUCGCUGAAUGUUGCCUCUAUGUGGCUGAAAUUAGGGAGACUGUAUAUGGCGCUGGAGAACAGAACGGCUGGAGUUAAAGCUCUGAAGAGGGCAAUUGCUAUCAUGGAAGUAGCACACGGUAAAGAUCAUCCAUACAUUUCAGAGAUUAAAAAGGAAUUAGAGGACCACUGAGCCUUUGAAUCUAUGCAGUCCUUCAAACCUUUAUUUAAAAAGCCUUGUUAUGGAAACCUUCAGGAGCACUUUGAAAAGCAGUAGAGUAUGAACGCAGUUCUGUCCUAUAAUUGGAAUGACAAACACACUUAGGCCUUGCAGAACGCUCCUGGUUCCCACAACUCUACAGUUGCCUUUUUUCUUUUUCCUUUUUUUUUUUUUUUUUUAAGGAAGCAUCCAUGGUUUCUUAAAGGUUAUGCCUUUUGACAACUCGUGCAAAAAUGCCCUUUUCCUUAAUGGAUUUUAAUGUGUAUCUUAUUUGUGUAAAGUCAAUAAAGUGGUGUUGACCCCUCUUGA